AUGAACCUUGCGAGCGAUAUGAAUACCCAAGUCGGUCGUCUGAGCUCAUUGGAAUCGCAUUUGGGCGGUCGAUUCGGAGUCAGUGCUCGUCACAGGGACAACGGAGAUCAACUCCUCCAGUUGUGUGAUACUCCAAAAAUUUCCGGUCCACAUGCACAACGUCUUCUUGCAGGUGGCUGGUGGGGCUUUGUUAGGCAUCCGAACUACCUCGGCAAUCUUUUGAUGGUAUACGCGGCUGCAAUGCUCUCAGGUUUUGCCUCCCCGAUACCGUGGACCUACCCACUACUCUUGACGGCUGCUCUGCUUCAUCGUAUCUGGCGUACGGAGUACCUGAACGCUGAAAAGUACGGAUCCAGCUGGACGGUCUACACCAAACUGGUUCCCAACAAACUCAUCCCAAGAAUCUAUUGAUAUUAGUAUUAAUACGAAUAAUGCUCAGUGUUGAUUUUUUAUCCACCACCCGCUCUGAUUGUCCGUUUCCCAAAUAUCGUUCACACUCCUUGCUGUACGUAAACGUAAACACUAGUACCCUGAUAUCUUUCAAAUCCCUCCAUAACUGUCUACAUAUAUUGCUAGUCAUCCAAAAAAACAAACCCAGGGAUUUUUUAAGAUACCGUUAUUUUUAUGUCUAUUGUGCAUAUCUAUGUCCC